AUGAGAAUCAACACAAUUUACAAGGUGGUUAGAAACCUGAUCGAAAUAUUGAAAGAUCUGGAGGAGAGGGAUCAGGACAGUGAGCUGUUGACAUACCCAAAAAAAAUAAUUAAAAAAAAUUCAGAGGCCUUUUUGUCAGAGAUCUUGAUGAAGUACCAAACUAAAUUGGCUGAUGGGACACUGUGUGAGCAAUUUCUAGUUGGUUUUGCAAAAGGGUAUGUUUUAUGUGCAACUAAACAAAAUAUUUCAGUAGUUUCUAACAUAUAUGACCAAUUAACGAAUGAGACAAAAUCGAUUUUGAAACAAACUGAGAAAUGUGUUCAAUCGAGUGCUGAUGCUCUUAACAAUUCUCUUGCCUUGCCAAAAAGUAUCAGCUCUUGUACUGGAAAACUGGAAAAGAGUGUCUUAGAAGUACAAUUUAUUUUGAACAAAAUCUCGGAACCUGAAAGACGCAACCAAAAGCAGCCUUUUUCAUCAACAAAUCAAAUCAGUAGCAGCCGAAACAGAGAAUUGACUGAGGAAUAUGGAAGGAGUCAAUAG